GUUUUGAAGCAAAGAGGGUCGAGUGAACGACAACGACAAGGACCCGAAAAGUGUUGAUAAUGCGACGGUAAAACUAUGUACAUGGAACGCAAUUGAGAACGAGCUCAUACCGACAACGAGCAAAUACCUGUUGGCAGCACUGUGCAGCAAGUGAAGUUUCAUCUGCACAGUGGAAAUUAAAUGCAUCGACGACGACGGACGGCGCAUGGACAAAACUACGAAGCACUGGAAAAUACUCAGUAGGUACACAUGGAUAUGAGAAGCAGUCCUAGGGGGAUGAUCAAGAUUUCAAUCAACAACAACAACAUUUCCAUUUUUUCAAAGCAACGUCGAGGACGACACGUUCAAGGACGUCGAGUGUUUCCCGACGAGAAGACCACGCGACGCUUACUACUGUGAAGCCUCCUUGUCCGUUCUGACUGGCGAAAAUGAUUGGGCGCAGGAUGCUGCCACGUACUCCCCUUCCUUUGUGUCGCUGUGUCCGAUCUCAAAUGCAAAGGCGUGGGUACAACACCUCUACAACAUCGUUAACAUCUUCGUUUUCAACAUCUGGAGGAGCUGGCGGCUCUAUAACCAGAGGCGCAACAAAGUCCUCGACUAGUACUUCUUGUUCAACAACAAGCUCGUCAUUUUCAAUAUCUUUGCCAACUAGCUGCACUUCUGGUGGAGCAACAGGAGGAACUUUCAGCAAGCAAGCAGUUCGCAUGUUUCAGAAGAAGGCGCCUCUGCUGUCGUUGUUAGACCGUUAUCGAAGAGGGAAUCAAAGUCACAGAUUUGCUGGUCCUGGUGGAGAACCAGUAUUUUUUGCGCAGCGGUACCGUGCAAGAAACACUGAGCUCGACGAGGGAGCCAUUAGAAACAGGACUGUUUUUGUGACAGUGGCGAAGCAAGGUCAUGGAAUAAAUAGAGCAGAACCGGAGACCGAUGCUGGACAUGUUGGAGCGAGCUCUACCCCAGCAGGAGUCGACUUGUUCUUCGAUAGUACGUCUUCGUGUUCGUCUUCUGCGCCUCCUCCAUCAGCGCCACAUCUAACGGGCACCGAGCAACCGCCAACACUCCCACAAAAUUACACAGUGGGCGGCAGUUCAUCUUCUACUGCACCUUAUCGAAGUGCACGGUUUGAAAUGGAGCGUCAAAUAGACCCGAGAAGCAUGUCCAGCUUGUGUCCGGCUGUUGCUUCCUCAUCAGUAGCUCAAGGGUUAACUGCUAGCGGCGUUUAUCCGAGUGAAUGGACACGAGCAGCUUCUUACAGCAGAAGAAGCAUGAUGAAGAGGACAACUUCUAGUUUAGCAACGAGAUACUCCUCCAGCACACUGCAUCUUCUAGCAGGCUGCAACCAUUCUGGCACUCGUAGCAGCUGUAGUCCCGCUAGCAACAUAGAUAUGUUUCAACGCCACCUGCAUACAUCGCUCUCGCCGAUUAGAAGAGCGCCAGAGGCGAGCAGUGACGGCUCUAUCAAAGCGAGAUCAGGAUCUGCUGCGUCUGCUAGUUUAGAAUCGACGGCUGAAGAUAUCUCAACAGAACUGCGGAAAAAUAGCGAAAUAAAUUUAUUGAUACCCCGGAAGGUCGCGGCUCCGACAUGGAACCAGUUACACAUCUACGCAGCGCAUUGCGCAGUACCCAUGGUAGGCUUUGGUAUGAUGGAUAACUUCAUCAUGAUUCAAGCCGGCGAUAUCAUAGACUGCAGCAUCGGUGCUGUAUUCGGCUUUUCGACCAUCACAGCGGCAGCUAUGGGCCAGGUAAUACACAGAGACUAUUUAUUAUAUGUUCUCCUCCCUCUUCAUCUUCUGGCAUCUUCCAGAUCCAGACGUCGUGACUGGUGGAGAAAUAACUACUCCAAUAUGCAUGGGCUGAAGUAAAUAGAGUCAUAAUCUUCACACGAAUAGUCGGGAGUAAAUGUAGCUUUCACACCUCGAGUGGUCAAUACCAAGAGGGCCUGAGUCUGACCCUACCUCUCCUUUUUGUACUUGGAAGCUUUGUUCAAAACCGACACUCCUUAGAUCUGUUCUGACACUUCUGGCGUGUGUUUCGGUGGCUUUGUGGAUGCUUUUUUCAACAGUCUAGGGCUCCCGAAAGCUGACCUCACUCCAGACCAGAUUGCGCUUGAUAGUGUUCGCUUUGUCCGCACUGUUGCCAUGGCGAUAGGAGUUUUUUCGGUACUUUAAUGUACUAGCAAUCAUAGUUUUCUAUCUUUAGUAGGUAUCUAUUAUUUCAUCUUGUUCUUGUUGCAGUGCUCCUAGACCUAGAAUCACGGCCAGAUCUAGUAGAACCAGACGCAGAGGAGACACUAACUCUUCACAGUGAUAGAAAUACUUUGUACAUCAUGCACUCGUCGGUCCUGACAUAGUUCUAGUACAACAAGAUCGUUGAAACCAAUAACGCCUAGGGCUGCCUGAUAGGGAUGACGAGUCUUUUGUUCAUGGACUUGGAUAAGAAGGAGCGCCUCAAACGUCAGAAAGCAUUAGCAACAAUUUUUAGCACCCUGGCUGAAGAAGGCUCCGACCUAUGUAAUGUGGAGCGUUGUACCCUCUACAUCGUGGAGGAUGAUCAACAACAUGCUUGGAGUGCUGCGCGAAGGGUAUAGGAAGCCCUCGUUGAUCUUGAUCUAGUACUUGCCAGCGCUUGUUUAUUAUCAAGGCAAAACUACUGCGGGGAACCACUUUUCAGCAUCAACAUUUUGCUCUCCUACUUUCUCGUGUCCUCAGACAUGUAGCUUUACUACUCUGCAUGGUACUUCUGUACAAAAUCAGAUUCGCUUGACGAUAAAUGCGAAAAGAAUCAAGAAAGAAUGCGUGAAGGAAAUCAAUAAGGCGGCCAUCGGAGACAUUGUCAGCACGCAAGUUUUAGUAGAUUGCCUUCGAAAAUUGGGUUGGAAUGAAGCUGACAUUAUGGAGCGAGUAUCAGGUACAAUUAUAUAUGUACCCCCCCUGUGGAUGGAUCUGGGGUGGACGGCGCCAGAGGGGUCCAGCCUUGCCACCUUUGGCAGGUCUGUAGGGUUGGGCACAUGCAACACGCCAGAGGGGUCCAGCCUUGCCACCUUUGCCAGGUCUGUCGGGUACAUGCAGCACGCCAAGGGGGUGGGUCCCGCCUUGCCUCCUCUGCCAGCUCUGUCGGGUGCCUGCAACACGACAAGAAGGCCCAGCCUUUGCCACCUUUGCCAGGUCUGUAGGGUACACGCAACAAGCCAGCGGGGUCCUGCCUUGCCUUGGCGCUCUAGGGUACAGGCAAGAAGCGGGGAGGGGUCAGAGGUGGGCGCUUUGAGGCCUUCCCGCCCGGCAGCCCCUCCAAAAGAGGGCCCGGGGCUGGGAGGCCCUCCCCCUCAAAAAUUUAGAUCGGGAGGGGGGGCCUUCAGCCCUGAGCCCUGGAGCGUAUGAAUAUAAUAUAUAUGCUUAGGCCCUGCGGCGCUCAAAGCACUAAGUAAAACAACCGGUUAGUUUUCACCUUGAUCACAAACGUAGACUUAUCCCGUGCAACAAUAUAUAUGCUUAGGCCCAGCGUGCAAUCAUAUAUACUAUAAUUAUCUAUAUUAUAAACCAAAACUUAUUUUCAAUGCUAAACAGGAGGGAGUUUACGGCUUUAGAUGUACGCAAAUCAUGGCAAAGAUGUACGGGCGAGAUGUAUACGUCUGAGAUAUAUAUCUCGAGAUAUAUAUCUUGUACGUAAAUCACGGGAAAGAUGUACUCUCGAGAUGUACUCACACCGGGGCGAUUCAUAGUAGGCUUCCAAAAUUCUACUUUUUUGAGAUGUACGGAAAUCAUGGGAAAGAUGUACGGGCUAGACGUAUACAUCUCGCGCCGUAAAAAUGCCGCGUUUUUGAGUACAACUUUCCCGCGAUUCUGCUCCUGCUAAGGCUUUCGGCAGUACCUCAACCCUGAUCCAACAGCACAGGCCAAAGACUGCGCUGCAUGGACAAAAAACGAAGAGCAAAGCGCCUCAGCCUGAGGCCAGUCACCUCAUGAAGAAAAAAGAAAACCCGCCGCGUCUGCGUAUGUGCUACAAUAAGGGCACGCAUGCAAGUAAAGAAAUGCAAACAGAGGCAAGCAUCCAGCAGCUACACGCUGAGCAAGUUAGCAUCUGCUUGCUUUUUGGAUAAGGCGCCUGAGCUGGCUCAAAGGGUCAGACCUUUCAAGCAGGUCAAAAGCAGCCAGCGACUUCACAAAGCUGCGCGCCUUGGAUAUGGGACUUGGAGCUGACUCAAAGGAUGGGGCCGCUCAAGCAGGUCAAAAGUAGACAGCAACUUCAUAAAGCUGCGCCUUUUGGAUAAGAAGUCUGAGCUGGCUCAAACUCAAAGGCUGGGACCUUUCAAGCACCUCAAAAGUGGACAGCAAUCCCAUAAAGUUGCGCUUUUAAAAAGAUAAGGAGUCUGAGCGGGCUCAAAGGGUGGGACCUUUCAAGCAGGUCAAAAGUAGACAGCAACCGCAUAAAGUUGCACUUUUUGGAUAAGAGGCCUGAGCUGGCUCAAAGGGUGAGGCCUUUCAAGCAGGUCAAAAGUAGGCAGCAAUCUCAUAGAGUUGUGCUUUUUGGAUAAGGAGUCUGAGCGGCGUCAAAGGGUGAGACCUUUCAAGCAGCUCAAAAGCAGACAGCAGCGGCAAAGUGUUGCGCUUUUUGGAUAACAGGCUUUAGCCUGAGCUAAGUCAAAGGGUGACACCUUUCAAGCAGCUCGAAAGUAGGCAGCAGCUUCAUAGAGUUGCGCCCUUUGGAUAAGGGGUCUGAGCUGGGUCAAAGGGUGGGACCUUUCAAGCAGGUCAAAAAUAGACUAGACAGGAAACGCAGAAAGCCGCACGCUUUGCAUAAGCGGCCAGAGCAGGGCGAAAAGGUGGGACCCUUCAAGCAGGUCAAAAGUAGACGACAGCAGUCGCAUAAAGUUGCGCGCUUCGGAUGGGAUGCCUGACCUGAGCUGGGUCAAAAGGUGGGACCUUUCAAGCAGGUCAAAAGUGGGCAGCAAUUUCUUACAGUUGCGCUCUUUGAGUAAGAGGCCGCGCUUGACUUGACUGAGUGAAAGCGUGGGACCUUAUGAGCAGGCCAAAAGUAGGCAGCAGCUUCAUGGAGUAAGUUGCGCGCUUUUGGCAGGGAGCUUGAGCAUGCAAAGUCAAAAGGCAGGCGGAGGCGGGACCCCUCAAACAAGCCAAGCCAAAAGCAGACAGCAGCCCCAUAGAGUUGCGCUUUUUGGGUAGGAUGCUUGAGCCUGAUCAAAAGGUGGGACCUUUCAAGCAGGUCAAAAGUGGGCAGCAAUUCCAUGAAGCUGCGCGCUUUGAAUAAGCAGGCUGGCCAGAUCUGGGCCAAAGAGUGAGACCUUUCAAGCAGGUCAAAAAUGGGCAGCAAUUUCAUAGAGUUGUGCCCUUUGUGGAAGGUCUCUGAGCUGACUGAAAGGCUGGGACCUUUCAAGCAGGUCAAAAGUGGAGAGCAAUAUCAUACCGCUGCGCCUUUUGGGUCGGUGAGAGGUUUGAGCAGAGUCAAAAGCUGGGACCUUUCAAGCAGGUCGCUCUGCUCAAAAGUAGGCAGCAACUUCAUAAAGCUGCGCCUUUUGGGUAGGGUGCCUGCGCUGGGUCAGAGGGUGAGGCCUUUCCAGCAAGUCAAAAGGGCCAGCAGCUUCACAACGUUGCGCCGUUUGGGUGAGGGUCUUGAACUGCGCCAAAGGGUGGGACCUCUUAAGCAGCUCACAAAUACGCAGCAACUUCAUCGCGCUGCGCUUUUUGGAUAGGAAAAGAAUGGGCGCAAAGGAUAAGGCCUCUCGAGUAAGCCAUAAGUAACGAGCAGGCCCAUCGGCUUGGGCUUGCUUCUUGAUCAGAAAGCCCAAGUGGCUCACAUGUUGCAUCGCCCAAGCACGUGAAAGCCGCGCAGCACUCGCGUGGGGUUGUUCUUGUUCAGUCACUUAGAUCAAAGCCGUGAGAUGACGCAUGCCCACACCUCUCGAGAAAGCCAGAAGCAGACAAGGAAGCUAAGCGAUAGGGCGCGGCUUACCGUAGGCUUGAGAGGGUAAAAGGCUCACAGAUAGCACACGCGAAGCAGCUGAAAAGUAGGCAAAAGCGCGACACCAUAAAGCUGCGCGAUUUGGAUGGAACAAAACCCAAAACGGCGCAAAGAGUAAAACCCCGCAAACGGGCUGAGAGUAGAAUGAACGGGGCCGCCCCCUAGUUCUCUCCACGGAAAAGACCCACUGUAGACGUUCUCACGGUGAGCGGAGUCGGGCGUAGUGCUUCGCCCACUAUGCUGAGGACCGAAAGCAACAAGCCUGAGGCCCCCCCCGCGACACUGCCACGCCAGCCGGAGGCGCAACACGCUGCAAGAGUAGGGGACCCACGCCCAAAACCCAGGCCAGGGAGCGCGUGAGGCUCUCACGUUGAGCGGAGUCAACCGGAGUGCUUCGCCCAGCGAGCCACUACGCUGAGAACCGAAAACAGCAGGCCCGGAGUGAUCUGCCUGGGGAUUUGACUCUCGGCAAAUGUAUUUGGUUACCCGUUUACUUCAUUCGUUCCAAGCAGUUCCUUUUUGGGCGUUUCGGGUGCUUCCAGGGUGAGGGUUUAUGUAGCACGUCGUAGCUUGUAGCACGUAGCUGCUUUGCUUAUUCCAUAGCCCGCCACUCUAUACGUAAUUCGUAGCACGCCGGUAGGCCGUGCGGGUUUUAUGUAACUCGUAGCAUUUGCAAGACCCUUCCGCCCUGCCCCGGCGUGUGUACACGCCGGGGGCACGUGGGCGGUAAAUAUAUAGCUUGGGGCUUAGGUCCAGCGGCGCUCAAAGCACUAAAUAAAACAGCCGGUUAGUUUUUACCUCUAGAGUCUUAGCCCUUUCAACAAUAAGAUAAAUGCUUUGCUUGUAGUACAACGAAGGUUAAUGCUAUGGAUUCGAAUUCAAACCCCUAUAUUAUAUAUAAUUCCUCUUCUAAGCUGAGCAAUCUCUGCAGUUCACUUCUACCUAACAAGAACAAGAUUUUUACACAACGUUACACCUCAUAAUUCCCUUUCCAUACAGUGACCGAGAAGCCCGUGUUGUCUAUUGAAGAGGCGUUGAAAAUGAUGGACGACCUAAGCGACACGGGAGAAGAGGAGGAGCGUGUGUCGCUUCUUGAAGGGGGCACAAAGCACUGGGCCGUUGUUAAUAAGCGCGUUUUGUUAUGAACCACAGUUGUUGUACUUGUAGCGGCGUAGUUUUUAUUUUCAAUUUUUUUUUAGAGGACUUUCUUUUUAGUCGACUUGGGCAUACUUGUAGAACAACAACAACAAUGAAACGUCUAGCUCUGCGCGUUUCACCAUGAUCUGACCAGCCUACAAGACGUUGCAAUCUUCUUCUAACUUUCAAUGUGGCAGAUGUUGCUAGUGACACUCGCUUCACCCACUCUGUUCUUCGGUCUGCGGCUCUUCUCGGGGUCGGGGAGAAACAUAAAGUAGAGCAGCAGUCCACCGCACAAAGUGCUGAGAAAGUCGACUUAAGGCUUGUUUCUUAUCGAUCCAUGUAUCACUUUUUUGCAUUUCGUUGGCUUUUCUGGCAGCCAAAAACCCUAGCUCAUGCGUUUCUUUGAUGGAUUCUCUUCUAUGUUCAUGAGGACUCUUUAUAUCAAAGCAUCUUGAUUAUGAUUUUCUCGUGGUCGUGAUACUAUUUUCUAGCAUGGAGAGGCACGGCCACAGAGGGUCGCGUGCGCGUCCAAGACCUUCUCUAAUCAUCGACGCGAAGCUAGUGAAGGCGACUAGCAACCCGCUCCCGCUCCCUUCUUCUACUAGAAACGUGCCUAGCGGGAACGCGAGCGCAAAUCCGCAUGUCAUUGGCGGAGGACUAGAGGUGAUUUCACCGCAUGAUGAGAAAAGCGCGAACAGCACAACCAGCAGCACGCCGUCGAACAAAGGUGAAGAUCAGCAACGGGUAAAGCCCGGUGAAAAGACGGCAGCAGCGCCAGCUCCAGACCACAAAAUUUUCACGCUUUUGCUAGGGCCCGUCUUCGAGGAAGUGGACGAACUGGUAUGUCCUAUGUCCGAUUUUUGAACUAACCUUGAACCCCUAAUCAAUCUCUCUUGUGAUGGUGAUGUUUUUGGCCCGAUCGAUUUCAUCGACAUCUCUGGCUAAGCAGGACAACUAGAAGUGUUUCAAUGCUGUAGUAAAAUCUUUCUACAAUAUCAUCGUACGACCACAGGUACCGGGCACGACACCUGCAAGCGAGCGGAAAGUUAAGGCAGGUCGUUUACACCUUAUUUUUUCCCUUUUUGGAAUUCGAUUGUGACUACUUUUGACAUCCGAUACCAUAUGAUACGUGACAUCUCAGAAUUUCUACAAUUAUUUAGUAGAUCCUGUACUUCUUUUCGUCUGGUGCUCUAAAAAAGUGAUUGGCUUGGUCGAGAUGGUGAACAAGAAAGAUGAAAACGGUAACGUGGUGCCGUUUAGUGCCGACGAUGAGAAACUUGUGCAGAUGCUGUGCGGCCAUUGCUCAUCCUUCAUCCGUCAGGCGCAAGAAGAUUAG